AUGGACCCCAUUGAUGGCCAUGAGUUCGAGAUCAUAGACAUAGAUGAUCAGCCCGAUCAGUGGGCUCUCAUGGCGCUGGACCCUAGUGGGAAACGGCAGCUCUUUGUCAGGGAGGUCGGCUCAGGGUAUCAGUCGAUGGCAAACCUCUUCCGGGAGCAUGGCGGCGACAAGCUCUCCGUCCACAAGGUAAAUAACAUAGCGCACAGUGAGGAGAAGAUGAAGCGACCCGAUCGCGAAGUCAGUGUCGCCCGGGUGCUUGCCGCCUCGAAGGGGGCAUCCCACUUCGCAAAACUUUUGUCCUCCCAGGACUUGCUUGAUGAGCGUCGCGAGAGCUGGUGGGAGUUUUAUAACACUGGCUCCUUGUCCACUCUGAACUUGUUCAUGUUCACGGAGGUCAAGCCGCCGCUCAGUCUCGUGUUCCGCAUUAUUCGCCAGUGCCUUGAGGGUAUACAGUGUCUAAAUAAGCUUGGCAUCACGCAUAUGGACCUGCACUCGGGCAACGUCUUCCUUCAUCUGGUUAAUGGAAAACAUUUGAAUGCUGUCAUUGGUGAUUUUGGCUACUCCCGUCUUCCGGGACAAGGACAUCCGGCUUUCACCAACUGGGAAAGUACUCUGAUGAAUACUUCAGACCGUAAAGGAGAAUCCUCGCCUCCUGGGACCUACGGGCCCCCGAACGAGUUUGAGGACCGUUCUUGGCGCUUGCGCUGGGACCUUUCGAAGUUUCUCUUCAACAUCCGUGAAGAUGUCAAAGACAGCCUCGACAAGAACGAGAAAGAGAACAGACUGCUUUUCACCCUCUUCGACCGAAUGGACGACAUGUGCAAACGAGACGAACAGGAUCGCAAGCUGCCCGAGGCCGAGAGACCAAAAAUUCAGGACCUUGCCCAGACAAUCCAUGAUGUAAAAACCCUCGAGCGUCUCUAUGCAGAAACGGAUUCAGACAAGGAGGCACUUUCAGAGCUCCUGGAAUUAUUGCAGGGAGUCCUGAAUGCUGAGCGUGUCCAGCCCCUUGUCUUCAGCGACGAGCGGGAGGCUCGAGAUAAAUUUCAAUCCAACCUUGAUAGCGGUCCUUUCCGAAUGGUCAACCUAUCUGAUGAGAACUCUAUCGAAGCCGCUACCGCAUGGUUAGCUGCACUAAGGAUCGAGGGUAGCGCGUAUGUUUCUGGUAUUAGUGACCAGAGCGGCUCUAGGCCUACAUCGCCGGCCUCGAGUGAGACCCGCGACAGCACCCCUGCGGAAGAUGCUGAGCAGCAAGGUAAUCCAACUCAGCAGCAAGCCCACCUAAGGCAAGAUGUUGAGAAGCAAACUUCGCCCUCUGGGUCUCAUGUGACCACUCGAUGGUCCCCUGCCACGCAGGGCCUCGCUGAGGCAACCGCCUUCGCAGGCGGGGAUGACUCAGUCGUGCCCGCCGUUCUUGGAGCGCGCGAUGUCGCGGAGAGGAACCAGGCGUUGGUCCGCGAAGAACACCAUCGCAGACGCCGUCAGCAGUGGUUCUUUGGCCGGUGA